AUGCACAAGUCUCUUACAGUGUUGCCACACACUGGGCAAUUGUCAUAUCCUAUAAGUACAGCAAACAAGGCAAACUUAGUGAUGGAUCAAUUGUUAUCCAAGGCGGGUAGUACAUUGGUCACCUUUGCAGUUAGGUCCAGUGUUCAAGUUGCAUCGAGCUAUGUGAUUAAAUCGGUUGGCACCUUGAUGGAUAAGGUUCCUCAUAAUGAACGGAAGAAGUUAGAUAGGAAACGAGAAAUGCUUCAGAAUAAAAUUGAAACAGUUACCUAUUCGAUUGGGGUUAUUCAACUGAUGGCAGCAAGAGGAAAUUCUAACUUGGACAGCGUUUUAAGACUCGCUGAUUAUUUAAAAGAAGACAUUGAUGAAUUUACCAAGGACAUAACACGAUUCACUUCUGGUAACCCUAAUAAACAAUUGAGUUCUGAGACUAUAAAAUUAAUCGAGAAGAUGAUUGAUGAGUUAGUCGAAAAGAUCGACAAAAUUGUGCCGGUGUUAAACUUGGUUCUCACCACAUAUGGGGCUUCAUCAGUUAGCAAUUUCCAAGACUAUGUCUCUCCUGGAAGGUUAUUGAAUGCUACUGUACUUGUGAAUAAAUCCAAUGAUGAACUGAAAGGCAUGGCGGAGGGCAAAAGGAGUCCCGUUGGUCCCCAGUUCUCUUUGACCUUUUACAAUAUCUAUUAUAACCCGAAUACCGAGAGCCAUAUUACUUGGAGAGAGAAAUAUGCACGUUGCAAGUUUCAAAUAUUCAGAAAACACCAUCCAGAGAUGGAGUACUACUACGAAUUGGAGGUUGAAGAAGAUUUUGAUGAUGAAAGAUACCACGAUACCGAAGAGUCGCCAGGCUCUAUUACAUAUGAUAUUAGACAGAUAGCAAAGUUAUUUUUCAGUGCUUCAGGGCGGUUAUUGAAAUUAGAAGAUAAAUCUACUCCUGUUUUGGUUUUCAAAAUGAGAGAUGACUUGAUUGAGAGCCAAGAAAGAGAAGAUGUAGUUUCGGCAGAAGAAAGUCAAUCUGAGACUGGAGUUGAAUGGAUUGCGUUCGGUGACUAUGAAACUCCCGAUAACACUAGCUCUGAUGAGGAUGAAGAUGGGGAGGAAGAAGACGACGAUGAAAAUGAUGCUGGCGGAAAUAAUCAAAUCAAAGUGGUGGAAUCUAAAGCAAUAGAAACGACAAAACCUCAAAAAAAUACAGGAAGUGGAUCACCGCUAGCACUGUUAGAGUAUUUGAUACGUCUUUGUACCUUACAAGCAAAUGACCAGACUCCACUGUUGGAAGUAAAAGAUGAGAGGCUACGGCUGUACCUUUCAGACGAAAACUACAUGCAAAACGUGUCUAAUAAGCUAACGACACUUAACAAAAAAAUGGAAGAACUAAAAAUAUAG